CUUCCCUUCUUCCCCUUCCCGAGCCCUACCUGUUCCUUCCUAACUUUCCUGUCGCGCUUCCCCUGUGUGCCUUUCCCACUUCGGUCUCCCUCUUCCCCGGCUUUCUCCUCGGGUCUCCUCUUCCCCUUCUCGGGCCUCCUUCUCAGGUCUCUUCCCUGGCCUCCUCCUUCCCCUUCCCUGCCCUUUUCCCCAGCCUCCUCCUUCCCGGUUCUCAGCCUUCCCCUUCCCCUUUCUCAGCCUCUCUUUCCUGGGCCUCACCUUUCUUUCCUGGCCUCCCCUUCUUUCCCAGUCUCUCCUUCAUGGCCUCCUUUUCCCUGCUUCCCAUACUCUCUCCAUACUCCUUUUUCCCGGUUUUCUUCCCUUCUCACCUUCCUCCUCCCCUUCCUCCAACCUCUAGCUGGCCUCGCACUCUGUCCUUGUCACCCUGUUUCUUCCCAUAGAUAGAUUGUGUCUUAGAGCUGCUGCUCCUAGGCUCCAGAGCAGGCCUCUCAGGCAGCCCUUUCUGCAGGCAGUCAUGAUCAGCUAUUGGUCAGAAGAACAGAGGCCCUGGUGACCCGGAGUGUUGGGACAGUGACCACUUCCUGUUUUGGGGAGUCCCAGGUGUACAGUUCUCUGCGACUGGACUGUCCACUGGGCCUGGGGCAUGUUUGUUGAUAGCCUUGGCUUCAGCUCGCCCUGUACUGUGGUUUUAUUCCUAACUGCAGGGCAGGACUGCCACUGUCCAGUAGUGAAGGAUGUGGAUCUGGCCUUGACACCUUUUAGCCUGCAGUUUUCUUUUAAUAAACUUUGCUUUUUAGAGCAGUUUUAGAUUCAUAGCAAAAUUGAGUAGAAAGUGGUUUCUACUACUCGGCGCCUCAGCUUCCCGCGGGCUAGAGCUGCCACAGUGGGGUGUUUUUCAGUUACCCUGUGUGUUCUCUGGACUGAACAAAGAUACUGGUCUGUACAGUGGUUCCUCAACCUAUGUGUGCUGUUGGACCUGGGAUCAUCUUAAGUGCUCUCUGGGCCCUUUCUCUUACUCACAUUUGGGGUGCAUUCAAUCUUGAACCAUGUGCCCAGAGUGAGCCGCAGGCAAGCAAGCAACUGGGUGGAUACAGUGGGAGAGGACACUUCAUCCAGGCCAAGUUUGGGAGUCCCCACCCUGAGCCUUGCCCUGUGCUGGAGGAGGAGAGAGCCCUGCCUCUGUCUACCCACCUGCUUGCAGCCUGGAUACAUGUCCCAAAGCAAACAUGCAGAGGCCCGAGAGCUCAUGUACUCAGGAGCAUUGCUCUUCUUCAGUCACGGCCAGCAAAACAGUGCUGCAGACUUAUCCAUGCUAGUCUUGGAGUCCCUGGAGAAGGCAGAAGUGGAUGUGGCCGAUGACCUGCUGGAAAAUCUGGCUAAAGUAUUUAGUCUGAUGGAUCCAAAUUCUCCGGAGCGAGUGGCUUUUGUAUCCAGAGCCCUGAAGUGGUCCAGUGGAGGGUCUGGGAAACUGGGCCAUCCCCGGCUCCACCAGCUGCUGGCCCUCACCCUGUGGAAAGAACAAAACUACUGCGAAUCUCGGUAUCACUUCCUGCACUCCACUGACGGUGAGGGCUGCGCUAACAUGCUCGUGGAGUACUCUACCGCCCGGGGAUUUCGCAGUGAGGUGGACAUGUUCGUGGCCCAGGCGGUGCUACAGUUUCUCUGUUUAAAAAACAAAAACAGUGCAUUGGUGGUCUUCACAACAUACACGCAGAAGCACCCAUCAAUUGAGGACGGGCCGCCAUUUGUUCAGCCCCUGCUCAAUUUCAUCUGGUUUCUGCUGUUGGCCCUGGACGGUGGCAAGCUGGCCGUGUUCACGGUGCUGUGUGAGCAGUAUCAGCCAUCCCUCCGGAGGGACCCAAUGUACAACGAGUACCUCGACAGGAUAGGUCAGCUGUUCUUUGGCGUGCCGCCCAAGCAGACUUCAUCCUAUGGAGGCUUGCUAGUGUCUCUCCUUCCAGGGAACUUGCUGAGCAGCCUCAUGGGCUCCUCGGAGCAGGAGGAGGGGGAGGAAAGCCAGGACGACAGCAGCCCCAUCGAGCUGGACUGAGCUGCCGGCCUGCACAGAGACGCCCACGGUCGGCACCACCGGACAGUUUCAGGAGCCAGGCCCAGAACGCGGCUCCUCACACCCAGCGGGCUCCUGGUCUGUGGUUGGCGGGGCCGCCUAUGUGGCGUCUGUCCCUAUUUAUGUAAGGUGGCUGAGGGCUGCAUGGUCCGCCUGUUACUGCGUGGCCAGGACUCGAGACCGAGGCCCAGGCUUCUGUGGGCGACCCGUGUCCCUUCAGCUCAAUCACAAUAAAGCGCAGGCCUUGCUGCGGCGUCCCUCUGCCGUCCUUGUCUCUGGUUCCUUGGGGAGGGCUGCGGGAUGACAGGCAGCCUAUCGUCAGUGACUAGACAAGUUGCGCCCAGCGUCCCCGCUCCGGGCAUCCAGCACAGCCUAUGACGUGCAGAGGAGGCAGUGGCCACCAAGACUGGAAAUGAGCCAGCCUCCUGAGGUCUCGUAAACGUGCGCGAGUUUCUUGUUUAUCUUAUUUUGUUUUGAACACGGGGUCGUUUUGCAAUCAUGGUGUACUUGCCCCCUUCACAGGUGGGACGGGUGAGCUGUGGGGUCAUCCUGGGGCUCCUUGCAGAUUGGGCAGCAGCUGGCCAGACUGAAUCCUGCAUCGUCCUCGGCCGUAGCUAUGGGCCCAGUGGUGCCCUGGCAUGGCCAGCAAAGCUCCUCUGUGCAAGUCCUGAGCCACAGCCCUGCUGGUCUCUGCAGGCACCAUGCUGCCUCUCCAGAAAUGCCCCUUAAAGAGGGGUACUGUAGAACUUUCCACGUCCUUCAUGAUGCAGUAUUUAUUUUUACUGGGUGAUGGAUUUCUUUGACCUAAUGUUUCAGGUUUUAACCAAAUAACCAGUCCAGGAAUGAGCAAAUCUGUCCUUUAUCACUUAUAAUAUUCCACAUGUUACCAGUAUAAUUAUAAAGGGAAACACUUUAUUUUUUCACGAUUAAGAGUUGUAGAUUAAUACACAGCGAUCCUGCAUGGGAAGGAGGGAGAUGUACGUUAUUUACUGUAAAAAUGGAAUUUAAAGGAAGGCUUGUGUCAACUGUUGAGUAUAAAUAAAUCCUUUAUACUGGG